CUCGCCUCGUGCGCUCCGCCCGUCGCGCCGUCAUCGCGGAGCUUCCAAAGCCCCCGUCCCCCAAUAGACUCCUCCCCAUCCGUGCUCUGCUCCGUCACGGCUCAAAUACUCCGCCUGCAUCUCCAAAGCACACUGCUCCCUCUGGCUUCCCGCCUCCUCUUCGGCUCCUUCGCGUCCCGACGCCCCCUCAUGGCCACCGCCGCCGCCACCGCAGCAGCAGCAGCAGUCUCCUCCCCGGCUGCGCGUGGAGCAGCCGGGGCCGCCGCCGCCUCCCGCCGGGGGUUCGUCACGUUUGGUGGAGGCGCCGCCCGCUUCUCUCCCACGCUGCGGUCCGGCCGUGGGUUCUCUGGUGUGCAAACCCAUGUUGCUGCUGUUGAACAAGCAGUUGUAAAAGAUGCUACCAAGCUGGAAGCUCCAGUUGUUGUUGUUACAGGUGCAUCUAGAGGGAUUGGUAAGGCAACUGCUCUAGCCCUUGGAAAAGCAGGAUGCAAGGUUCUGGUAAACUAUGCCCGGUCCUCGAAAGAGGCUGAAGAGGUCUCCAAAGAGAUUGAAGCAUCUGGUGGUGAGGCUAUCACCUUCGGAGGAGAUGUUUCAAAAGAAGCUGAUGUAGAGUCUAUGAUGAAAGCAGCUCUAGAUAAAUGGGGAACAAUAGAUGUGCUGGUAAAUAAUGCAGGGAUUACACGAGACACAUUGUUGAUGAGGAUGAAGAAAUCUCAGUGGCAAGACGUAAUUGAUCUGAAUCUUACUGGCGUCUUCCUUUGUACACAGGCUGCAACAAAAGUAAUGAUGAAAAAGAGAAAGGGAAAAAUUAUCAACAUUGCAUCUGUAGUUGGUCUUACUGGCAAUGUUGGCCAAGCUAAUUAUAGCGCAGCCAAGGCUGGAGUGAUUGGUUUCACAAAAACAGUUGCCAGGGAGUAUGCAAGCAGAAAUAUCAAUGUGAAUGCUAUUGCACCAGGGUUCAUUGCAUCUGAUAUGACUGCCGAACUUGGAGAAGAGCUUGAGAAGAAAAUCUUGUCAACCAUUCCGUUAGGGAGAUAUGGCCAACCAGAGGAAGUUGCAGGGUUGGUCGAGUUCCUGGCCCUUAACCCCGCAGCUAGCUAUAUGACUGGACAGGUGCUUACAAUUGACGGAGGGAUGGUAAUGUAAGAUUUGAGUUAGCUUGAUGCACUUCUACUUUUGCUGAGCAUUUAAUGUUGAACACCCUUGUUGUGCACGGGCGAUUUUGGACAACAAAUUAGUGUUGUCUCUUUCUUUGUAAUACUCUCUGGUAAUAAAUCUAGCAUGUGGAAUGGAAGUUGAAAUC